AUGGAAUCUCAAUUCUUCAAAAUACUUAUUCUAACUUUAUUAUUGAAAACCUUGGAAGGCACCCCGAACAACUCAACUGAGCUGGAUGCUGAAGACUUUUUGAACGUUUAUUUUCUGCCCAGCACACUAGUGCUAGAGUCUGAUCUUGUGGAUGGAGAUGGUAUCCUUGUGGAUAAUGGUACCUUCAACAGAAACGCCGACGUGGAUUCUGCUUUGAGUACAAUGAGUUAUCAUAGGUCAAUGAUCAACAAAUACCUCUGCAGAAACUAUUUGGCCAAUGAAAUUCUAUCAGAGGUUGAUGAUCAGAGUGAUGUGAAAUCUGACAGAUUGGGAAUGACAGCUAAAACAAAUCGCCCACAAAGUCGAAUUAUGCUCAAAAAUUCGCCAAUCGACCAGAAUGAGUUGCUGGAUGACGAAGGAUCUGAUAAUUACAAGAAGUGGCUUGCUAAAUCCUCCAUAUUCGAAGACAUCUAUAAACACCACACCACAAGUCCACAAGAAGAAGACCUGGUACAGUCAGGUUCCUCAUCCAAUGUACAGCUAUUCGAGAGCGGAGACAUCACCGGCUUCGCGGUACAGUCUGGUUCCGAUACAAAGGACACCAACUACCCGGUACACUCUGGUUCCUAUCCUAAGGACACCGUUGUACAGUCUGGUUCAUCCCAGAAACAGGCCUAUGACCAAUAUUUGCCGCCUUGGGGUGCCUCGGGAGGGGGAGCCAAUAUUCCUGUGCCGGCAAUACAUACGCAUCUCCAUCACGGAGGGGCGGCUCUGAAUAAUUUGCCGCCCCUGGCUGGGGCGGAUUACGGGGGGCUGCAUCAUGGGGUGGAUUAUGGGGGUGAACAUGGCUACAGUCACAUACCAGAUCAUCACGUUCAUGUGGACCAUGAUCACGGACAUUAUCACGGCCACGGUCACGGACAUGACGAGGAGAAAGGAUUGGCUCUUAAAGAUUUGUUCGAUUUGGCAUUGACCGCUCUAGCGUUCCUCGCUUUCGGCAUGUUUGUGCUAAACCUUAUCCUGACUUGUUUCAGUGUACAACCCCCUACAGUGGUAAUGAUGAUGAAUGGAGGUGGGGAGGGGGGAGAAGAGACGAGGUUCACACGUGUCAAACGAGGAGCUAUAAAUCCUGAAUACCUCAAUCAGGUAAGCUACAAUGUGGUAAGAUCCAUAGAUGCUUUGGCUAGCCUCCAACAGGGGUCCCCACACCAGGAAAACUGUUUGAGGCUAUCCCUCUGUGAAAGCAACAAAUUUGCUCGAGAACUGCCGAGUCAGCAACAGGUUUGGGUGCCUGUUUGGAGCUUCGGCCUGAGUUGGAUCAGUGGAAAAAUGAGAGGGAAAUCCGAGUCCAUGCUGGAGUAUUUGAGAGCUAUAAUUUUGGGCAUGGGAAAAGCUCAAUGUGAAAGAGUUUAUUCACAAUGUAAGCAGGAAAUGUGAAAUUUGGUUAAUAAGAUAUUUUUGAAGAUUGGUAUUUAUUAACUUUAUAGAAUUUAGAAAACUUUAUAGAAAAUUAAGUUUUAUAAAAUGUAGA